UUCGAUCUAAACGUUGCACACUACGGACGCGCCGCAGCGGGUGACAUCACUCGCGGGUCGCGGUAAUAUUGCCCAUUCAUAUUCACGUUCGUUGUUUCGCCCCCGUCGACAGGUCGCCGCGCGUCGUCGAUCGCGCGCACUCUCCGGUCGGCGGUUAUUGCUGAUGGUCUUGUGCGGCGUCUCGGUCCACGAAGCUCGUGUCUCAUACAGGUGAACGAGUCGAACGCAGAAAAAUGUUCAUCGACGCGGAAAAGCAGCAAGGCCAGGUCGUUUGGGCCAAAAUGGGUAAAAAGUCCAGGCUGUGGGCCGCAAUCAUUCUUUCUGCAAAGGAAAUGGAUUUAGUAUAUUUUGAAGAUAAGCCUGGAAAAACAUGUGUUUGGUGGUUGGGUGAUGAUACUAUGUCACAGUUGCAGAAUGACUUAAUAUUUGAAUUCAGAUCUAACUUAAAAAAAGGUAUUGCCGAUUUAAUCUAUGCACGAAAAGACAAUUUUGAACAAGCUAUUUAUAUAUUAUCCUUACAGUUCAACUUUGAGUUCCCCAAACAUGGAUUAGUCAAAUGGGCUUUAGUGAAUUUGCCUAUUAUUAUGAAAGGAAAAAAUAGUCGAAAAGAAGAGUUUAUUAUUCCAGAUCAAUUUCUAAAAAAAAUCACAAUGGUAAAUAAUAGAAUUAAAAGAAAUAUCGAGGAAAAUAAAGUAAAAAAUGUUGAAAGCAGCCCUCACGGAGAAAAAAUGAAAAUUGAUGUUUCUCAAAUUUCAAAAAUGGAAAACAAAUAUUGCAUAGCAUGCCGAUUUCCUUCAGAUGAACUAAAGAUUAAACACCCUUUAUUUAAAGGUUUAAUAUGUAAUGAUUGUUUUAUAAAUGGGAAAGAUAUUAUUUUAUCAAUCGCAAAAGACAAAUCAAAUGAUGGUUGUUGCGUUUGUCUUACUCAAAAAGACACAUUGGUAUUGUGCGGUUUUUGUAUAAGAGCUUAUUGCAAUGAAUGCUUAGAAUUUUACUGUGGACAAAAAGCUUUGGAAAAAAUUCUUAUAGACAAUGCAUGGGCAUGCAUUGCAUGCAGUUCCACUACUUUAAAGAUCAGUAAUCUAGUUCCGAGGAGUACCAAAGAACAACUAAGAAAUAUCUAUAUGUUGUAUCCAGCUAACGCUAAAAAAGACUGUGCCAAGGAACAGUAUAAAAUAAAAGAGAUUCAUGUCCUGAAUUUAAAAGAUAUUCAAAACAAUGUACCAAAAGUUUUACAAACUCUAGGAUUUCCGUUCAAGAUUCUGGAAACUAGUUAUUUAAAUGAUAAUAAUCAGGACAAUAAUAAGAGUAAUGCAAAAUUAGUCGUCCAAUAUUAUCCAAACAGGGAGAAUUACGAUAAAGAUAAAUUUUUUGAUCGAAACGAUUGCCUAAAAAAAUUUUUCUUGUUUUUACUAUUUAAAAACAAAAUGCAAGCGCUGCAGAAAGAUGAUAAUCUUUUUUGGGCUUUUGAAACAAGUGCAGCAAUCAAAGUUCAGGAACAGAAAAUAAUUUCGAGGUUUCUUGAAAUUGAACCAAUAAUUAUUGGUAUGGACACAGAUGAUGUCCAACAAAGAAGCAGGUUUAUUUGGACCAACAUCACUAUACUCAACAAAGACAUCAGAAAAUUUACAAAUCAAAAUAUAUAUCUUCAUGAAAUACCAAAAUCUAUCGGAAGAAAAUCCAAAAAAGAUAAACGUAACAUAGAUAUGCCUUGGUGUUACACUUCCAUUUACAUUAUUUUAAGCAGUUUCAUAAACAAUGACAUAAUGUUUUGAAUAUAUAUAAUGUAUCCAAUUACUGUUACUAUUGGCCUAUGUUGUUUGUCCAACAUAUUUUACUUUUUUAACCAGAUAUAUACGUUUUUUUUUUGCAGAGAAAGCAUUUUUUUAUUUUUAUGUAAUUUGUUAAAUUUUUAAAAGACUAUUUGCUAUAUUAGUUAAAUCUCUGUUAUUGUCAUGUUUAUUACUGUAAUAACAAACAGUUUAAUUAAUUUUUCAUUGCUAUUGCAUUUUAAUGUUGCAAGAACAGUUUUUCUAUAAAUAAAAGGUGACUAAUCCCA